GACAAAUAUUAUUCUCGCCUGAAACAUUUUUGUGUCAUUUUUUGUUGUUGUUGUUGUUGUCUUCUCUUGGACAGCAGCUCGAACAUCCUUUAUUCAAGUUUUUGAUUUUUUUUUUUUUUUUUUUUUUGUUUCUGAUUCCCCUCCAAGUGCACCUUGCUGGGAGAGCGAGACCAGACCAGACCAGACCAGACCAGACCAGGACGGGAUGGGCAGCGAACAGUACUUGCCGGAGCUGCUGGCGGAGAAGGGCACGCUGGAGCCGGCUUUCCGCCACUCGAUGCGGCUUCUGGAGCAAGAGAUUGAAAAGGUGGAGAAGGACGAGGGCAAAGAGGACGAGAAGUUCAUCGACGUGGUCGUCAACAAGAACAUGAAACUGGGACAGAAAGUUCUCAUACCCGUCAAGCAGUUCCCCAAAUUUAACUUUGUGGGCAAACUUCUGGGACCACGUGGGAACUCGCUAAAGAGGGUGCAGGAGGACACGCUCACAAAGAUGUCCAUUCUGGGCAAAGGCUCCAUGAGAGACAAAGAAAAGGAAGAGGAACUGCGGCAGAGCGGCGAGGCCAAGUACCAUCACCUGAACGAGGACCUGCACGUCCUCAUCGAGGUGUUCGCGCCGCCAGCCGAGGCCUACGCCAGGAUGGGCCACGCUUUGGAGGAGAUCAAGAAGUUCCUCAUACCGGAUUACAACGAUGAGAUCAGACAGGCGCAGCUGCAGGAGCUGACGUACCUGAACGGAGGCUCGGAGGACGCCAAGGUGCCGUCAGCGAGAGGAAAGUCGGCCCCCCGUGCAAGAGGGACCCCGGUCCCGGGACCCCCCAGGACCAGAGGAGGUGUGCCCCCCCUGCACGCCCCCGUGCCCAGAGGAGCGGCCCCCAGAGCCCCGCCCAGCCGCACGCCGUCUGCCAGGGGGAGGGGGGUGCCGAGGGCCAGAGGAGCCCCCCCCAACGCUGCCUACCGAACACCUCCUCCCAUAGUCCAGGACACCUAUGAUGACUAUGACUACGAUGAUGGUUAUGGAACAGCGUAUGACGACCAGGGCUACGAGUCCUACGACAACAACUACACUAAUCAAGGACAGAACUCGGACGACUAUUAUGAAUACGGACACAGCGCAGAGUCCUACGAGUCGUAUGGUGGAGAGGAAUGGUCCAAGGGUCGUGGAGAGGAAUGGUCCAAGGGUCGCGGAGAGGAAUGGUCCAAGGGUCGCGGAGAGGAAUGGUCCAAGGGUCGCGGAGAGGAAUGGUCCAAGGGUCGUGGGAAGGCUCCUCCAGCGAGGACGAGCAAAGGAGCGUUCCGAGAGCAGCCGUACUCCCGCUACUGAUCACUGGCCAAGUAAUGCACUUUUCUACGCCGCUUUUUGGAUCUCCAAGCUGCUAAAUCAUCAUAGAAGGACUUGGAAUGUUCACAUGAAAGUGGAUCACCUAUUUGCUCUUUUACCAGAAUAAAGUUGGAAUUUUAUACUAAAGUUGGGAUCCAAAAAGUUGCAUCGCUUUAAAGUCCACAAGAUCCUUUUUUUUCCUCCUUAACAUUCAUUAGAAUGACCUUUAAUUAAAAUGACCAUUAAUUAGAAUGACCUUUAAUUAGAAUGACCAUAGCAUCUUUUCCUCUCACCACCUUUUUUCUCAUUCUCUUUGGGAGGAUUUUUAGCCUAAAAUUCCAACUUGUUCCCCAUUGAACUUAAACUUUAAACUAAAACGUAGACUUUUUUUCUCCAAAAAUUAAAACAUUUCUCUUAAAAUGAUGUCAAGAGUACUUGGUACAUUUUAACUUAUUCUCGUUACACAUUUCUGACAUAAUUGACACUAAAACAAGGACAAUUCUUGUACAACUUGAUUACAUUUUGAUUAUUUUAAUAUCACUUCUUAAUUUUUUUUGACUUUUUUAUUCUUCACUUUCAUAAAGUCACUUUAUUCUGCUAUCAUUAGGAUUGUUUGUCAAAUACCAACAUUUAUUUGGGUCAAAGUUAAAAUUAUCCAUUUUUCUUUUUAAGUUAAAAAUUUAUAUAUUUUUUCACUUAAAAUUCCGACUAUAAUAUUAACCAUCUUUUUUUUCCUAAUGAAAUUUCAACUUAAUUCUUAUAGUGCAGAUUUUUACCGUAAAAUUCCAACUUUUACGACUUUUUCCCCAUUGAACUACAACUUUACUCUCAGAAUACACUCGCCCUUUUCCUCCUAAAACUUACCGUAUUUUCCGCACCAUAAGCCGCCCUGGGUUAUAAGCCGCGCCUUCAAUGAACGGCAUAUUUCAAAACUUUGUCCACCUAUAAGCCGCCCCGUGUUAUAAGCCGCAUCUAACUGCGCUAAAGGAAUGUCAAAAAAACAGUCAGAUAGGUCAGUCAAACUUUAAUAAUAUAUUAAAAACCAGCGUGAUGUGGGCGUGCAUGGAGUCGUAUAUCAACAUGGACGGAGCUGCGUGAAAAAAGCCACCCGGCCUCUUCGCGUAAACUUAAACUUACCUUAACCACUCGCUCAUCUUUUCUUCAUCCAUCCCUUCGAGUUAGCUUUUAUGAUGACGCCGGCUGGAAAGGUCUCUUUUGGCAAGGUCUUCCUUUUGAAUAUCACCAUGGGUGGAAGUUUCUGGCCAUUAGCAUGGCAAGCUAGAACCACAGUGAAGGAUGACUUCUCAUUCCCUGUGGUGCGAAUAUUCACCGUACGUGCUCCCGUUGUAUCCACAGUGCGGUUCACAGGAAUAUCAAAAGUCAGUGGAACCUCGUCCAUGUUGAUAAUGUUC